UAAGUGACUUCUCCGAGGUCACACAGCUAGGAAAUGGUGGCAACAGUAAGAGCCCACGAAGAGCUGCGGUUGGUAGUUCAUUCUGGACAGCCCUCCCGUGAACCGUCCCUGUACUGGCACUUGUUGCUGGGGACCGUAGCUGUCCUCUCCCUCCCCGGGCCAGGUGUGUCCUGGAGGGCAGGGAAGCGUCUUGGCACGCGGGUGCGCGCCGCCCCCUCGGCCUCCUGGGCUCCCUGAACCUCGCAGGACCCCGGAAGCCGGCAACUUCGAGCCCCGCCCCAGCUCCGGGCCGCGGGGGCGCAUCGCGGGCGUCGGGCGGGGCGGCCCAGCGGGUAAAAGCUGCGCGGCCGCGGGCUCGGCACUCACGGCUCUGAUGGCUCCGACGGCACUGACGGCCAUGGCGCGUUCGAACUUCCCGCUGGCGCUGGGCCUGGCCCUGGUCGCAUUCUGCCUCCUGGCGCUGCCCCGCGACGCCCGGGCCCGGCCGCAGGAGCGCAUGGUCGGAGAACUCCGGGACCUGUCGCCCGACGACCCGCAGGUGCAGAAGGCGGCGCAGGCGGCCGUGGCCAGCUACAACAUGGGCAGCAACAGCCUCUACUACUUCCGAGACACGCACAUCAUCAAGGCGCAGAGCCAGCUGGUGGCCGGCAUCAAGUACUUCCUGACGAUGGAGAUGGGGAGCACAGACUGCCGCAAGACCAGGGUCACUGGAGACCACGUAGACCUCACCACUUGCCCCCUGGCGGCAGGGGCGCAGCAGGAGAAGCUGCGCUGUGACUUUGAGGUCCUUGUGGUACCCUGGCAGAACUCCUCUCAGCUCCUAAAGCACAACUGUGUACAGAUGUGAUAAAGCACAACUGUGUGCAGAUGUGAUAAAGCACAACUGUGUGCAGAUGUGAUAAGUCCCCGAGGGCGAAGGCCAUUGGGUUUGGGGCCAUGGUGGAGGGCACUUCAGGUCCAUGGGCUAUAUCUGUCACAAUAAAUGGCCAGUGCUGCUUCUCGCA